UCGCGAUUCUCGGGCGCAAAUACUCGGGCGCAGGAGGUGGUCGCUAUCAACCGCUGGCUGAAUAUACUUGGCCUCGCUUGUAUACACGCAUCUUUCUCCUUACAGAGUUCAAUACCAAAUUGUCUCUGCUUCUUCCGCUUCCUCUUCUUCAUUAUUUUGGGUAACACCAGCAGGCAGCCCGAUCACCAGGCCGAUUCUUCGUUUAACAUCGCCGACGGUUGCGCUGAGGCGUAGGUGUUCCGGGAGAUCUCCCGUCUAGAUUCCACGACUGUCUUCAGACCUUCCCCGCGGCCGAAUUACGAAUGGGUGUCGAAACUCGCAGAUCAAAAUCCACAAAGCGAGACAAGCUGUCAGUCUCGGUAAGUGGCCGUACGAACGGCCACUCAGACAGCGGUAUUAGCAAUAUGGAAUUGCGACGCAAAGUUGCGACACCCCAGGACUCGGGCCAAGUUACAGCGAACUUGAUGGCCCGGGAAUCGUUUUCUCUGGAUGAAAAUGUUCCGAAGACGCCGAUGGCAAACAACCAUGGCUUCCGAGAACUCCCCAUACAAGACCAGAGGAAUUUUAUGUUACUCGUGCUGUUAUACUUCCUGCAGGGCGUUCCCAUGGGCCUGGCAAGUGGAUCGGUGCCGUUUCUACUCAAGGAACACCUCUCGUUUGGCGAGAUCGGUGUCUUCAGUUUGGCGUCAUACCCCUAUUCGUUGAAACUACUCUGGAGCCCAAUAGUGGAUGCUGUCUGGAGCACUAGAGUAGGAAGACGAAAAAGCUGGAUCCUUCCUAUCCAGUUGCUGUCGGGAUUCGGUAUGCUAUAUCUAGGGUCGAUGAUCGAGGGACUGAUGACCACCAUUGGUAAACCAGGCGGCCCCAGCAUCUGGCACUUCACGGGCUGGUGGUUCUUUCUGGUCUUCAUGUGCGCCACGCAAGAUAUCGCCGUGGACGGGUGGGCCCUGACCCUGCUUACCCCCGGAAACGUUUCCUAUGCCUCGACGGCUCAGACGGUCGGCCUAACCGCCGGCCAAUUUCUUUCUUAUACCGUAUUCUUAGCAUUCAAUUCUGGCGACUUCGCCAACCGGUACUUUCGUUCCACCCCGUCAGAGGAGGGCUUGCUCAGCCUCGGAGGCUACUUGACAUUCUGGGGGUGGGCGUACAUUGCCAUCACCAUCGGUCUCGCGGCUCUUAAGAAGGAAGAGAGGACGCGAAAUGAGGACGGCAUCUGGGAUGUCUACAAGAUCAUGUGGGAUGUCCUGAAGCUACGGAACAUCCAGACUAUCAUCAUCGUUCACCUCAUCUCAAAGAUCGGGUUCCAAGCCAACGACGCAGUCACGAACCUGAAAUUGCUGGAAAAGGGGUUUGGCAAGGAGAAUAUGGCGCUUACGGUACUGAUCGACUUUCCCUUCGAGAUCGGCAUCGGGUACUAUGCGGGCAAGUGGUCACAGGAAUACAAACCUAUGCGCCUUUGGCGUUGGGGUUUCGUAGGCCGUCUAGUCGCCGCCAUAGUUGCUCAAUUCACCGUCAGCGUGUUCCCGGCCAACGGCGUCCAGCCUUGGUAUCUACUUCUCGUCAUCGCCGAGCACGUGUUCUCCACGUUCACCCAGACCGUCAUGUUCGUCGCGGUCUCGGCCUUCCACGCUCGCGUUGCCGACCCUGCCAUCGGCGGCACCUACAUGACGCUACUCGCGACCGUUUCUAACCUCGGCGGGACAUUCCCCAAGAUUUUCGUCCUACGCCUAGUGGACGCGUUCACGCAGGCCACGUGUCAUCCUUCAACGCAGAAGCUCGACCCGUCGACUCUCAGGGGCCCACUUGUGACGCACGAGUUCUCGUGUGCCGUCCAAGCAGAAAAAGAGCGAUGCGAGCACGGUGGUGGCACUUGCGAGAUCCUUCACGACGGGUUCUACAUCGCUAACGUUCUGUGCGUCAUCGCAGGCGUGUUGACGUUCGCCUUCUACAUCAGCAAGAAGGUUAUGCUACUUCAAGGUUUACCGCUGAGAGAUUGGCGAUUGGCAGGGUCUCGGUGACAGUAGGCGAUACGGAGAUGCUAUUUUCAUCCCGACGCACACGAAUAUGUACUAUAUGAAUAGCAUCAUUGGCGAAUUCCGGGAAACCUGCGGCGUACUCUCUAACUCUAGCAUUCAUUGGCCCCCCUCCCGGUGAUCUCUGAACUAUAUACAGCGAAGUAACAGACGGAAGA